AUGAGUGGAAACCAAGAGCCAACAAAUCCUCGCCAUUAUUCCAGACAGACCCAGAAAAGGGUACGUCAUCGCUCAUAUUCUGCUUCGGAAGCAAGUGAUAGAGACAACCACACACUAGCCCUGGGGUUCGCCGAUAACAACGAUAACACCAGCAAUAAUGGAUCAGGAAAUCAUGGCCACUCAAGAGAUAGGCUUGGCCGUUUUGGCUGGGUGCGUCGAUUCAUGCAAUCUAACAAGCUGAAUAAUGGGCAUGGUGCUAGCAACAAAAAUAAAGGAAAUUUACAAUUACAAGAUGGCUGUUACAACGAUUACUCAUCAGAGCUCGCCUCCUACGACCAACACAAUAACAACAGCUUUUUAUCUAGCAGCAAUAUCUCUUAUUCAGGAAAUCAGAAUGAUAAUGUUUCAAUGAAGCCUAUAAUUUCCAGGUCAAACUCCUCAAAGCUCACAAGACGGAUCACCAAUUCCAGUAGUAUUACUACCAUUAACAAUAACAAUACUGCCCUAAACAAUAAUAACAAUAGUAGCAGUAAUGAUCAUAAUACCCUAGGUGGUAUAUUAAGCCCGCAAACUGACCAGUAUGCGAUUAGUCUACAUAGUGGUAACUCUCAAGUGAAUUCGCAAAGCAACAGUCUCUAUGUCAAUAACCCAAGAAAUGGUUAUGCGUUGGAUGUUUAUUCACUCAAUGAGAACCAAUCCACUUCUUCAAUCGCUAUGGAUGGCAAAUCCCCCCUCAAUGAGUAUAAUAAUGAUAAUGAUAAUCACUAUGAAGCGUCAACGAGACAAUCUACAAAAUCCUGUUUCCCAGCAUCGGUAUUCGAUAAGGAGACCGUAAUGUCUAUGCCAGCAACCAUGGAGACUUCUGUUGCUUCCCUGUCCUUUUUUCCUGUACCAGCUACCCCUAACUAUACAUAUGGUAAUUCAAACCAAGGAGGGUUUUCAACUCUCACUAUGAAUGCGGGAAACUCAGCAAAUUAUACCCGUUCAAUCGCAACAUCAACCCUUAAUAAUAAUGAUUCAUCAUCUGUAAUCACUUUGGCAUCAAGCUCACGCAAUGUUUUGAAUCGCUCGAAAAGUUCUAGAAGGUCCGUUGAAACUUUCAGCUCAAGCACUAUAGGUAUUCCUCCAAGCAGUAUUUUUGAAAGAUUGAACUAUGGUCAUCCAGGUGUGAGUGCGACAAACCCAGGUCUUUCAACACGAACAAGUGUGAACAUCGAAGAUAGUUCUAAUGGUAUAGAAGAAGAUGUGCCGGUAACUGACGAUGGCGAACUGGAAAAUGAUGAUCUUUACAGUUUAAACAAUUCAUUGCGAACUCACUAUUCCUCUCACAAUAACAAUUAUCGCCUGGGGAAUGACAAUAACAGCUUCAUGAGUCACAAAACUGAGAGAUUCAGUUCAAGAAGUGUUAAUAGUGCCAAUGAGUAG